CGCGACCAAGGCAACGAGUAAACAAACAAAAACAGAGCAGAGACUAAAAGUUCUGAAUCAAAAAAAAAAAAAAACUUUCGUCUUCUCUAAAUCUUCUCUCCGAAAUUCACGGCGACGCUCUGAAUCUUCUUCGUUAUCAUCUUCUUACAUCGACUUUCCUCCAUUGAUUGAUUCGUUUGGAUCUGAAGGAGAUUGAUCAUUACUCAAUUGAUUCUCGAUCUGAAUCUGAAUGAAUUGAUCAUUUUUUUCAGAGUCUGUGUUUAUUUAGUGCUGUUGAUGAAUAUAGCUGUAACAGAGGAGGAGAAUCUGUUUCCGAGUUUUACCUAUUCUUCGUUUCUGAGAUUUAAAAGUUUGAGUUUUUCACACAAGAGAUCUAUAAACCCUAGAUUUAGAUGGGAUAAGGCUGUUCUGUAUCUCAAGGAAGAUAAUAGUAAUAUAUUGAGAGAUGGGUUCGUCACAAGGCUCCACCACACUCUCGGCUGAUGUGAUGAGCCUUGUGGAUACAUUACCUGUUCUUGCUAAAACCCUAAUCGCUGGUGGAGCUGCUGGGGCUGUUGCUAAAACUGCUGUCGCUCCUUUGGAAAGGAUUAAGAUUCUAUUGCAGACUAGAACAAACGAUUUUAGGACCCUUGGUGUGUCCCAGUCACUAAAGAAGGUGUUACAAUGCGACGGUCCUCUCGGAUUCUAUAAAGGAAACGGGGCGAGUGUUAUUCGGAUUAUCCCUUAUGCAGCUCUUCAUUACAUGACGUAUGAAGUUUAUCGUGACUGGAUUUUGGAGAAUAAUCUCCCGUUGGGGUCUGGUCCCGUUGUUGAUCUUGUGGCUGGUUCAGCUGCGGGUGGGACAGCGGUUUUGUGCACGUAUCCUCUUGAUUUGGCUCGUACUAAGCUAGCUUACCAGGUUUCUGACGCAAGGCAGAGUUUCCGAGGUGGUGCCAAUGGAUUUUACCGUCAACAUACAUAUUCAGGGAUAAAAGAGGUGCUUACAAUGGCUUAUAAAGAAGCGGGACCACGUGGCCUAUAUCGGGGCAUAGGUCCAACGCUGAUUGGCAUACUUCCAUACGCGGGGCUUAAGUUCUACAUUUAUGAGGAAUUGAAAAGACAUGUUCCUGAAGAGCAUCAAAACUCUGUUAAAAUGCAUUUACCUUGUGGAGCUUUAGCUGGUUUGUUUGGCCAGACCUUCACGUACCCAUUGGAUGUUGUAAGGAGACAAAUGCAGGUAGAGAAUCUGCAGCCUAUGACGAGUGAUGGCAGCAACAACAAACGUUACAAGAACACAUUUGAUGGGCUUAACACGAUUGUUCGAACUCAGGGUUGGAGACAGUUGUUUGCUGGUUUAAGCAUCAACUACAUUAAGAUUGUUCCAUCUGUUGCAAUUGGAUUCACGGUGUAUGAGUCAAUGAAGUCAUGGUUACGGAUUCCACCACGUGAGAGAUCAAAACCAGCCUAAGUGUUUUUGUUCAUUGAUACUCUUAGAGCAGGACACACAGAAGAUAACACUAUUUUUCUUUAGUAGUGAAUUUAGUGAUAGUAUUGUUUGGAUAAAAUUAAGCAAAAAAAAAAAGUUUUCACAUUUGAUAUCAAACACACAAAAAGAAGUUGAUUAUUGUGGUUUGCAGCCAAUUAACAGAUUUCACUUUUUAUUCUUAUAAUUUUGUAUAUUGC